UUUCUCUUCUUCCGUCUUCUUCUUAAUUUUUUUUUUCUUCUUUCUUUCUGAGAUUUGCUUUCUCUGCUAGAGACUGUAACAGUACGAGUAGCUACUUUUGCCUGUUGUCUACAUUUUAAAUCUGCUCUUUACUUUCUCGAGUUCUUAGUGAACUCAAGAUUUUUUUUUUUUUUUUGGUUUUUUAGGGUUCGUAGAAACAAUUUUGGAUCUUGAGUCCGCAGCAGAAAAGACCCGACUUUGAUUACUGGGUAUAUAAAAAAAAAAUCUGUGAAACCGCCAUUGUUGUUCUCUGUACUGCUUUUGGGGAUUUAGGGUUUACGAUUUGUGGGUGGUAGAUAAAUUUUGUUCUUCAAAAAGUUUCCUUUUUUUAAAUCUCUUAGAUUCUUAAAGACUUGUAAUUUAAGGUUUUAAAUGCAUGGAAGGGAGGGAAGCUAUGCCAUUUCCAGGCUCGCAUUCUCAGUACUAUCUUCAGAGAGGAGCCUUUACCAAUCUUGCACCUUCCCAGGUUGCGAAUGGGUUUCACGUGCCGCCGCCACCUCCGGGAAUGAGGCCAAUGUCAAAUUCAAUCGUUCACCACCCUCAGGCUAGCAAUCCAGGGCCUCCUUUCUCCAUGGCUGAGCACAGGCAUUCUGAUUUUGGCCACAGUAUUCAUAUGGGGAUGUCUUCUUCUGCGGAGGUGCAGCCGCCUUUGUCGCAGCCUCCGCCACCGCCGGAGACACCGAUGGUUAAGAAGAAACGUGGACGGCCAAGGAAGUAUGUUCCUGAUGGACAAGUUUCUUUAGGGCUUUCUCCAAUCCCUUGUGUUAGUAAGAAGUCUAAGGACUCUUCUUCAAUGUCUGAUCAUAAUGCGCCUAAACGAGCUAGAGGUCGACCCCCUGGAACUGGAAGAAAGCAACGCUUGGCUAAUCUUGGUGAGUGGAUGAAUACAUCAGCUGGGUUUGCUUUUGCACCUCAUGUGAUCAGCGUUGGAGCAGGAGAAGAUAUUGUUUCGAAAGUUUUGUCAUUUUCACAGAAAAGACCUCGGGCUCUUUGUAUAAUGUCAGGCACUGGAACGGUGUCUUCAGUCACUUUGCGUGAACCCGCUUCAACAACGCCUUCCUUAACAUUCGAGGGACGUUUUGAGAUUUUAAGUUUAGGUGGAUCUUAUCUGGUGAAUGAAGAAGGUGGAUCCAAAAGUCGAAUAGGCGGUUUAAGUGUAUCUCUUUCUGGUAUUGAAGGUCACGUUAUUGGCGGUGGAACUGGAAUGCUUAUCGCAGCCAGCCUCGUUCAGGUGGUAGCUUGUAGUUUUGUAUACGGAGCAAGUGCCAAAUCUUAUCAUACCAAUAACAACAAGACCAUCAAACAAGAAAAAGAACCAAAAGAAGAGCACAACAAUAGCGAUAUGGAGACCACACCAGCUAGUGCACCAGAACCAGAAGCAUCGGCAGGUCAGCAGACACCACAGAACUUCUCAGCUCAGGGAAUGAGCGGAUGGCCCGGUUCAGGUUCAGGCUCAGGCAGAUCACUUGACUCGAGUAGAACCCUACUCACUGAUAUCGAUUUGACUCGUGGAUGAUUCUAAACAAAAGCAUUAGUCUUUCUUCCUACCACCACCCUUUAGUCUUUGAAGAAGAAGAAGAAGCAGCAGCAUACAUAAUGUGAGUGCUGUACAUAUCUUUGUUGUUGUAGAUUUAUCUCUGGGAAUGUUAAAACCAGACAUUUAAGGAUUGAGAGCAGAUCUCUCAGUACCUUCUAACAUUGUUAAAUGUAACAGAACCACCCCCCACUUUCAGGCUUUUUUAAGGAGAUAUUUAACUAUAUU